AUGAGACUUGUUACUUGGUUCCAUGUUCAGCAAGAAAUCAAAUCCUUCCCAAUCGAGGCAAGCUAUAUACUGAUGAUAUUUGAGUUCGUCAAGAUCACCGCAAGCCAACGUGAGAUUGAUCAUCCAGGAGACUUUAGUACUUAUAAUUCUCCUCAAUAUCAUUAUUUGCAUGAUAAAGUAUUGAAGGUGAAUCCCUUAGUCAAUAGGACAGCGAUUCUACGGGAUUAUAUUGCUUGGCUUCUUUCCGACUCUAUACGUAUCACAGAAGAUGACCAGUCAGCUAUUAUUGAAGGAGUAUUUAAGGUCCUUGACGACCCCAUACGCGAGCUGCCUAUUGUUGUUUCUGUGGCAGAAUUUACUCUGCACAUAUUGGAUGGGAACGAUGAUAUCAUUGAGAGGGUUGCAACGGAGUCCUUGGAAACAUUUACUCCCAAGCUUCUUCCGGCAACUAAAUCAUCUAUUCAAAAUUUGGAGAAAGUAGGGCUUGAUAGUUUGGAAAUAAAAUCUACUAUGGAACUGACACCCUCUUGUGUUAUUUGUAUGGAGGGCCUUGAUUACUCUGAUGAUGAUGCACCGGAUGAAGAGGGGGUAGUUGAUCCUGAUCAUAAACGUCGUGACAUCGUGAUCACUCGCAUGCCAUGUUUACAUUAUUAUCAUGAAGAUUGCAUUGUCCGUUGGCUGGAGAUCAAUCACUGGUGUCCCAUUUGCCGAUACCCAAUGCCAAUCGUGGAAGUGAGCGGCAGCCAUGAAAAGUAG